AUGAAGAGAGCAAACCGCGUGGCGCCAGCGGCCUCUGCGGCGGCUUCUGCAGCGGAGGACGCGACUGCCGCGAAGACGGAGGAAGAGAAGCCAGUCCCUUCUUCGUCUCCCUCGGCGGUUGGAGCGAAGUCGACAAGUCAAAAUGCCCUGAAAAAAGAAUCUGAAGCGCCCCCAAUUAUCGGCCCCAUGGUCGCGCACAAUUAUCGCCAAGUCGCGAUCAAUCGCCAUCUGGCAGCAGUGGUCGCAGGCAGCGUCGCGGGCGUCUUCGGCCUCGAGGGACUCCCAGGCCUCUUUGUCUUCAUUUUAGUCACUCUGCUCGGCGCGUGCCUGAUGGUGGCGGAGACUGGCUUCCAGUGCAAGUCGUUUUUCACCAACCCCAAGGAUAUCUUCUUCGCGCAGUUCUUCACCGCUGCACUCACGUUUAUCCUCGUAUGGACUCUGGUCUACAACGUCGUCUACAUCUUCUAG